GUUAAACCUCGUCGUCAAAGGUAGAAUCUGUUGCUCUCCUAAAAGUUGCGUCUUCACUGUGGAACUCUAUUUCGUCAUCAAUCAUCUCUUCUGUAAUUCUGCCCCCAACUGAACCUCAAGAUUAGCUGCUUUGAGUUGACACCGAAAUCGGGGAAGUUAAUGGGUGAGAAUGCAAGUAUGAGGGGAGGGGUUGCUGAAAGCAGCAGGGAUGAGAGACUAGAUGUUUAUGUAUGGGAUAUGGAUGAGACUCUGAUACUUCUCAAGUCUUUGUUGACUGGAACGUACGCAGAGGGUUUUACUGGUGUGAAGAAUGUGCAAGAGGGUGUAGAAAUCGGGAAGAAAUGGGAGAAGCACAUUCUAUCUCUGUGUGAUGAUCAUUUCUUUUAUGAACAAAUUGAGAACCACAAUAAGCCGUAUCUUGAUGCCUUGAGCCGAUAUGAUGAUGGGCAGGAUCUUUCUGCAUAUGAUUUCAGCAAAGAUGAAUUUGGGGCUUCCUAUGAUGAUGACAACAAAAGAAAACUGGCAUAUAGGCACAGAUUCGUAGCUCAGAGAUAUAAACAGGGUCUGCAGAGUUUUCUUAAUGAAGAGACGAAAAAAGACUUGGAUGAAUUGUAUGAUAUGACUGAUAAUUAUACUGAUAGAUGGCUCAGCUCAGCACGUGGCUUCUUAGAAGAGUGUUCUGUUGGUAAUGGAGGUACAUCCAUUGUGGCUGCUGAUGGGAUAAAAGGCUCUUCUGCUACAAAGAGUAUUCAUCUUCUAGUGACUUCGGGAUCAUUGAUCCCCAGUCUUGUCAAAUGCAUGCUCUUUCGACUCGACCAUAUGAUAGCUCAGGAAAAUGUCUAUAGUUCCUGGGAAGUGGGGAAACUUCAAUGUUUUCAGUGGAUCAAGGCGCGUUUCAAAGCCCCAGCGGUCCGCUUCUGCGUGAUUGGGGAUGGAUGGGAGGAGGGUGAAGCUGCACAAUUGAUGCAAUGGCCAUUUAUUAAAAUUGAUAUGCGACCAGGCAGCUCUCACAGGUUUCCAGGGCUGACAAUGAGGACGGUGGGAUUUUACUUUUCUGUUGUAUAUGGGAAUUCUGAUGCUGAAGAUGAAGAAGUGUAACUGAUAAAAAGAAGAGGUGUUGUAUCUGGUAAGAUACUUGUACAUAAAAAAGACCAAACAUAGUUCAAUUGUGUCAAGAAAUAAUGUGCAUUAGUCAACUCACUUGGAUGAAGAUAACUAUGUCAGAUGCCAUAUUGAUGGUACUGUUGAAACAGAAAGGUGACACAUCCCUCCUAGAGAGAAGCCUAUUGGCCAUCAUCUUGAUUGAUUUAGGAUUUGUUUGAUGGGCUCAUGAUAUAUUAUAGUGACUUCAAAUAUGAAGUGUGAAACUUUUGAGGAGCAUGAAUAGCCCGCCUCUAAAGGUUAGAUUAUCUGUUAAAAGUUAAAACUCGCUUAGGCCACAUCAAUUUGAGCGUCAGCAUGACUUGAAAGAGUGUGUCAUCAUUUUUGAAGUGUCACUAUCCUGUAAUAUGAAUUUCCAUGUGAAGGUGCUUAGGUGCUGUCAUUAUUUCUGAUGUCAUCAGUGUCUGCACAUAAAACUUGCACACCCCCUUUAUCUCCUCUUCCUUUUUGUUUCUUUCUUUACAGAUUUGUGGUCAGUUUGUUUAGUUCAAAUUUCGGUUUGGACCGUAAUCUAUGGAAGCCCAUGGAUUAAGAGUGUCAGCAUCUGAUGUGAUACUGCUGGAAGUUUGGAAAAAAUUGAUAAUAUUCUGUUAUGAUUUGCUU